CCUGCGCGCUGGCAGUCGAAAUUGCGUUGAGAGCGAAGCUGGCAAAAAGUAAAAGUGAAAAUCAGGCCCUUGAAAUUUGUUCAUCAAUUAUGCAUUGAUUGAAACACAUGAGCGAGUGCUGUGAAUUGUCUUGUCGUGUGCGCGCAUAACGGAAAGUGAAUUUGAAAAGCGAGUGGGCAAACACAAACAUUGCGUACGAAGAUUGUCAUUCCGUUCCGUAAUCCAUAAUUGCGAGAAGACACUCGAGCGCACCCACCCACACCACGCACGGUAUACACAUAUACACACACACAGCAGUGGGCCAGCCCGCCCCCACAUUGCCCUUGGCCCCACGGACCCAAGAAGCGUUCGAUUUUUCACAACAGCCAGCGAAAACGCCAAGUGGAGAGCGCCCCAUAGCAAGCAGUGCAAUCCGGACAGCAGAGACCCAUCAUCACCAUGGACAUGCUCAACCAGAUACUCAGCAUCAAUAACGGUGGCGCCUACGGGGGCGGCAAGGCUGGCGGCGCCUUCGACCCCCUCACGUUCGCCAUGAAGCCCCAAGUAGUCAUCAGGGCCCUCUGCUGGCUCUUCUCGGUGGUGGUCUUCGGCUGCAUAUCCUCGGAGGGUUGGACGGAGAAGGAUGGCAAGGAGUACUGCCUCUAUAAUGGCGACGGCAUGGCCUGCAAGUAUGGCAACAUGGUGGGCGUCUUCGGGUUCCUGGCCUCCAUGGGUUUCAUGGGUGGCGAGUUCCUGUUCGAACGGAUGUCGUCGGUGAAGAGCAGAAAGCGUUACGUCAUGGCCGACAUGGGUUUCUCGGCCCUCUGGACCUUCAUGUACUUCGUGGCCUUCUUGUACUUGUGGUCGCAAUGGAGCUCCUCCGCCCCACCGCCGCUGGGAAUCGGAGCUGGCAGCAUGAAGACCGCCAUUUGGUUCUGCCUCUUCUCGAUUGUCAGCUGGGCUCUGUGCGCCCUGAUGGCCUACAAGCGUUUCCUGAUCGGCGCCGGCGAUGAGUUCACCUCUGCAUUCGAAACGGACCCCGCCAACGUGGUCCACCAGCAGGCCUACGGCUACUCCAUGGACAACGACAACGACCAGUACAGCGCGUCACCAUUUGGCCAGCCCCAGCAGGUUGGCAUGGAGCAGCCACAAUCCGGAAUGGAGUACCAGCAGCCCACCUACUAAGGAAUUACCACACUUGCUCCUCCGUUGUCCGCACACACUCACUUCGAUUUUGUAGUGCAACUGGCAAGGAUUUACACGACUAAACAGCUACAACACACAAGUUGGCUUUAACCAUAUACACCGAUGUCGAACAUAUAACAAGAGUAACCGAAACAAUAACAAUAACACUUGAUGCAACAAGCAGCAGCAGCAGCAGCAGCAGAAACCAAUCCACGCACUGGCUUUAGCUAUUGGGAGAGUCAGGAGAUGUAUCCAAUGAUGAGAUGGGAUCGGUCGAAUGAGGAGUAGUUUGAAUAACUCGUAAGCUAGCCCUUUAAGUUGAGUGUGCAGUUUUUUGUAGUGGAAAUUUGUUGCAAUAUAUAUAUAUAUAUAUAUAUUAUACAGAUAUACAACUAGUUAUAUAUCUCAUAUGUAUACAUGCAGACCGCGCUUUCAACGUUGUUAGUUAUUUAGUGUUUACGUGUACGUACCAUUUGAAUUGAUUUGAUUUGAUUUGUUUUGGUGCCAGACCCUGGUCCUCCGAUGAUCAGCUUGUUAGCAAUGGCAAUAGCUCGAGACAGAGGGACACAUGAUGUUUUUUAGAUAAAUUUACACACGUGCAGUGCAAAUAGUUGAUGCAAAUAGUUGAUGCGAUUCGGCCACCUGAAGGACAUUCAUAUGUACGAACCACACUGCUCAAACCACAUAUCCAAUUUACCAUCUGAGAUUUACCCAACAAAUAUAGAACCUGUGGCCAGGGUCGAUGCUUGGUUAGAUGAGCGGCAAAUGCAACCACUUACAAUAAACGCCAAACAAUAUGUAAAUUCUAAACCGUAAGAGAUCCAAUAACCGUAGAAUUGUUGUGAGGAAUUCAGUACUCGGGAGACUACUGCAGGAAUAUUUCUAGUUAUGGUUCGCAAAACACGCUGAAGAUAUGAAAUGGUAUAGGGCUUGUUCAAGGCUUACUGUUGCCCCACCCUUCCUACCAAAAGAUUUGUAUAGUAACUAUAAAUGCCCCAACAAUACCCAUUAUGCAUUGUAAAGAAGCGGUUACACUACUCAAGAAAUAGUGGGUGUGUUGGCCACUUCGAUGUACUCAGAUAUCAAUGAAUGUAAACAUAUUGAUUACAUAAAAACGUUCACUUAGUGCAGCAACUUGCGAUAACCUACAAAUGUAUUUGUUAAAUUAAAUACUAUAUACAUAUAUUAUAUAUAUUUACGGAUUGUAUGUGUAAUACGAAGCGCCCUGUUAAAUGCGACAAGGAGAUGGGGAUCUCAGCAAAUAUACAAGUAUAAAUUAAUCAUGUAGAGUUCGUGUGCGUUAUAAAACAAAAUGGUAGAGAAAGAAACAUAAAACAAAAUUUACUCAUUUAAAACUUAAUGAUCGAUUUAAAUAGCGAACCCAGCCAAAAAAUCGGCUUGAACAUUUGCGAAACACUAUUGUAAUAGAUAAACUCCUCAAGCAAGAUUCUCAACUGGACAGCCCCUCAAGAAAUAAUAAAUACAUAUUUUUAAAAAUCAA